CGUAAAAGACAUCUGACAUAGUUUGCAAUCGGAAGGGGAAAAAUGCGGACUAUUUUAUCGCCGGCCAUCGCCGACGGAGGCCCGGAUGAAAGAAGUUCAGCCGGCUCCGCCAUCGCGCGUGUGUUUAGACGCGAUUAUGAGCGUCACGAGCGUGUCAACUGACGGCCGGUCGUCUGUUCCUCUGCAGGAGCCGGGCCCAUGCAGCCAUGCUGAUGUAUGAUUACCCAAUGAAGACAGAAAUGGAGACGUCACUCUACCCAUCACUGGUGAAAACCCCAGAGGCUUACGGAGUGAUCUUCUCUCAUCUGGCCAGCACGACCCACCUCUACCACCCUGGACACACUCACGCCUUCGCCCAGUCUCAGACGCACUCGCACUCCCACUCCCACUCCCACACCCCCAGCACCCUCUCCCACACCCAGCUGGAGCCCGUGGACCUGUCGCUCAGCAAGCGCUCCUCUUCCUCCUCCUCCUCCCCCUCCUCUUCCUCCUCCACUCCUUCCUCCUCCUCCCCUCCGUGCUCCUCCGCCUCCUACCCCGCGUCCCCGCGCAGCUCUCCCCCUUCCCCCUACAGCUCGGGGAGCCGCACGUCGCCCAGCUGCUCCCCAGCCCAAGCCCAGCGGCGCUCCUCCCCCUCUCUCAACCUCCCGCCCCAUUCCGCACUCUCCUAUCCCACUGUGCUGGCUCCUCUGAUUAGUCCGGGCUCUGGGGUCCUCCCAGGGUCGGGGGUCAUGCUGUCUCCGGUCAUGCUGCAGCCCCUUCCUGUCCUCUACCCGUCCCCCCUCCACUUGCACCAGCCGAUCAUGGUCAGCCCUGCCGUUUCCAAUGACGACGUUCACCAUCAUCACCAUCAUCACCACCCGCGGCACGGAGUGAGGGAACACAAGUCAGCUCCCUGUGCAAAGCCCCCGGAGCUCCACGGCGAGGCCCACGACCUGAACAAGCCUGUCAAAACGGAGCCGCGCUCGGAGCACGCCCACGACUCCUACGGCAGCCGCGAGAUGACGUCACCGUCGGUCAUCAGCAUAGCGCACGCCUACGGCGAGGGCAACAACCCAUCGGUAAUCGUUCACUCAGGCACUAAGCAUCCUCUCCCCAUCGAAUCUCCGGAUUCGCUGAAGAAGAGACGAAUCCACCGCUGCGAUUUCGGGGGCUGCAAUAAAGUGUACACCAAAAGCUCCCACCUGAAAGCGCACCGCAGGACACACACAGGUGAAAAACCCUACAAGUGCAUGUGGGAAGGCUGCACAUGGAAGUUCGCCCGCUCAGACGAAUUGACGAGACACUUCCGCAAGCACACGGGUGUCAAACCGUUCCAGUGUCCCGACUGUGAACGCAGCUUCUCCCGUUCCGACCACUUGGCUCUGCACAAGAAGCGCCACCUUCUCGUGUGAACCACUCGCACACAGGACUGUGAACGCCUCUGAGAGCGAGCAGCGCAGCCUGGUAGCAGCUUAACGCCAUCGACAUAAUCGGACUCGUGCCGCUACCGGUUGUAGGGGUUUAAGAUCUGGCCUCGACCGUGAGGCUCGGAUGGGGGUGGAGAAUGUUCCUCAGGGUGCAAGUUAAGACCCUAUCACCUUAUACGCCUAACUGGGAGCUGGAGUCCACUCGUCUAAUCACCAAGCCACCCCUCUAUCCACUCAUCCAUUAAAACUUUGUGCUUUCUUCCUUCUGUUCAAAUAGUUGCGACCCCCCCCCCCCUCCCCUCCUUACUCCUCAGAAGCUUUAACAUCAGUUCACCCUACCGUUAUGAUAGGAAUGGAGGCCUCAAACGUGACCUCGAGCCAGUUUUAAGGAAGGGGCGGCAGCAUCUCAGCUGGACUGAGAACAGCAGUCUGUUCAGCCAAGAGGAAACACCGACCGAUACACACAGCCAUGCUCGAGCUUUACUUUCGUAAAUAAGCGCUCUUUCUUUUUCUCUUUCCUUGCAGGCUAACGCACGCAAGGUUUCGCAAUUUCUAUAAAAAAGGAUCGUGUACUUUAAACGAACAGAAAAAUAAAGAAGAGAAAACACACACACACACACACACGCAGCCUCUUGUGCACACUCACACACAAAACUAUCUCCCGCACACACAAUCGCAGUCUCUCGCACAAAUAUUCUCUCUGCUUCACACACACACACACACACAACUCUUAACACUUUCAACCACUUGCAAGGCCAAUAUAAUGUGAAAGCUGUUUUCCCCCACAGGGGAAGUCUUCAGAAUGUACUUGUCAUAUCGUACCUACUGUGUCAUAUAAAAUCCACCUUGCUCUCAUCAGUACCGCUUCUGCUCUAGCUAGCUAGCUCAUCCUCAUGUACAGCCUCACACGUAGCCAGGCAAGGCCUUAUCUACUAUAUAGCCAUAUAUUUAUGUACUAUAGCCACUUAGCCAUAUAGCACCACACACCUCAUCUGCCUCUACAAGCUUGUACCAUGAAGUGACUUAACAGACAGCUAGCUAUUACUCGCUUUCUCAUUCUCUCGGUCCCUCUUACACACACACACACACACUUUAUUAUGAAUACUCAUUUACACAAAAGAUGCACAAGAAAAUAUGCACUUACUGAAAGCAGCUAAGGCCUGUGUGGUUUUGGUAUUUGGGUCAAAAGAGGACUAUUGGUCUCAUCCAUUCUCAAAGUGAAGUGUUCUUCUCUUUGUACUUAGAAAUGUGAACGAUUUACUUGCUUAAACGGGCAUUAUUGUACAGCGAGGAAAGACACCGGUUGCUUGGUUUAAGGGUAGAAGCAAUGAAAUGUAUGCCAUAAAAAAAAAUUUUUUUUCUUGUAUCAAGCGUAUGUAUCUGUGAUAUGAACUUUUGGUUUGUGCUGUGACACAGUGAUAUUCUGUGCUUUUUUUUUGUUUUUUUUGACACUUUUUAUACGGGGCAAAAGAAAAAAAAAUUGUACUAAUUGCAAAAGCGGAGAGAGUUGCUCGUGAUUUUCGUCGUCAGGAACAGGUUAAGGGUUUUUGUUUUUUUUGUUUUUUUUUCCGAGAUGCUGUUGCACGCAUCCAAUUGUCGAAUGAAAAUUGUCACCUAAUUAAGCAAUCAAUAUUUAAAAUUGUUGUGUUGAUUAUGUACUCUAAAGGCCUUCACGUAGUGGACACCUUCUGAGGAGGGCAUACUUUAUUGUGCUUCCGUGCUAGCGGUUAACGAUCAAGCAAGCAAGAGAAUGUGGCACUCAUUUUGGAACAAAUGGUUUUUAUAUAUAUAUAUAUAUGUGUAUAUAUAUAUAUACUUCUGAUGGGCAAAAUAAUUUUGUACAUAGCGUCUUUGUACAUGUCCGCAGGAAAAUGUGCACUUUAUAUCGUAAAGAAAAGCCUUCCCAAAGCCAAAAAAAAAAUGAAUUAGUUACAUCGACUUUACUCUAUUGACAAUUCCAUCGAUUUGAUUUUGAUUAUUAAACAUCCGUGUGCUCACUUGUUUCACUUACUUCUCACAUGAUGCCAAGAAAGGGAGUGGACCUUUGCUUAUUUCUUUUCCUCCACCGCCCCCCCUCUCUCUCGCUCUUGCUCUUGCCCUUUCUCUCUCUCUCCCUUUCUCCCCCUCCCCCUCCCUCUCGCUCAUUUGCUCUCUCUUGCUCCCUCUUCCUCUCCCUUUCUCCCCCUCCCUCUGCCUCUCGCUCAUUUUCUCUCUCUUGCUCCCUCUUCCUCUCUCUCUCCCUCUCCUUUGCCCUCUCUCUCCCUCUCCCCCUCCCUCUCGCUCAUCUGCUCUCUCUCUCGCUCUCUCUCCCUCUCCCUUUCUCCCCCUCCCUCUCCCUCUCGCUCAUUUGCUCU